AUGUCACGGGGACACUUGAUGACCUGUCCUUGCUGGGACCCUUGGAAAAUCGGAUGUAAACGACUUAAAAGGGCCAAGCCGGGGACAUUGUCUCAGAUAACAAACACUCCACCUAAGCUGCAGACGGAAGACAUUGUUGCCGAUUUAGUGGAACAGAUUUCAGAGCUCACAGGCAUUAUGGAGCAGUUGCGCCGAGAUCACGAAACAACCCACAAGCAGCUGGAGAAUGAGAUGGAAGAAAAAUGCAACGAACUGCAGACAGAACACGAAAGUAAAGUCAGGCAGAUUGAAACGCUUCAUAAAACGGAAAUGGAAGCUUUGGAAGAGCAGUACAAGAAAGAGCUACGGACGGAGAGGGCAACCGCACAAGAGAAACUGAGCGGCAUGCAGAAGGAAUACAAGUAUCUGAAGAAUGCAUUCCGUGUGUACCAGGACAGCAUUUCUGACGAAAUGGAGGAAAAGUGGCUGAGAAGGCAAGCGGAGUGGAAGAAGAGCGAGAGGACGGAGCGAGAGAAGGCGCUGUUACAGCAGAAGCAGUCCUUGACGAGGGAGUUUGAGAUGAAGCUGGAGGAAACCCAGAAGAAGAUGCAGGGGACUAGUUUUGUGGUAGAGAAGGUUUUACAGCAAGAGAAAGAGGGUCUUCUCAAGCAACAUGAAGAAGACUUGGAAAAGAUAAGAGUUUUGAACGUGAAGAUUGAUUCUCUGGAGGAAGAGCUGAAGGAAAAGAACGAGACUCUGAACGCCAUCGCUUCAUCCCUUCACAACACAGAGAUGGAACUCCAGCAUGAGAAAGCCAAUGUGGUAGAGAUGGAGAAAACGGUCCUGCAACGGAUUGCGGUUGUUGAAGAUAAACAUCGGAUCGGCAUGAACAGUCUCGUGGAAGAAAAUGUCGCUCUGAGGCGCAAGCUUCUUGAGAAGAACGAAGAGCUCUUAAAUGAGCGGGUCCAAAGGAGCGCUAUAUAUUAGCCACAUGAAUGGGCUGGACAAUGAGGACCCCGUGUUUAGUCUACAGA